CAAACCAGCUCUCUCUUUCUCUCUCUACCACACUCCUCUCUCUCUCUCUCUCCUCUGUGAAGAAACCGUCGUCGUCGUCGUCGUCUCUAUCGAUGAAGAAGUUGAUUAAGCGUCUCUCUCGCGUCUCCGAUUCAUCGCAGUACUUUCUUCUCCGAACCGAUUGCGUUGGUUCCACCGCCAAAUCAGGUUCACGAUCAUCGGUUUCCGUACCGGAAGGACACUUUCCGGUGUACGUUGGCGAAGAGAUGGAGCGGUUCGUUGUGAGUGCAGAUCUAUUGAAUUAUCCGAUCUUCGUUAAGCUUCUUAACAAAUCGGCUCAAGAAUACGGUUACGAACAGAAAGGAGUGCUUCGGAUUCCUUGUCAUGUUAUUGUAUUUGAACGGAUUAUUGAAGCGUUUCGUUUAGCUGAUGAAUCUCCUGAUACAGGUCUGGAUCUUCUUAAUUCGCUCGCGGAUGAGUUUCUUUAGGUUUUAUUUUUUUUUUGUUGUUUCUUCUUCUUCUUCUUCUUCCAUCUUUUGUAUAUAUGAAUUGGAAAUCAGAAGGAACAGUUUGUACUCAGAUUACGGCUUUGUUGAAACAAUUUUGCUUAAUUU